CUUACUCAUCCCACAUCCAAUCACAGAGCACGAUGUUGGGAUUCCAGACGCGAAACAAACAUGGCAGCCUCCAGGCGCUGAAGGUUGCUGAAAAUUUCCCAGGUUGAUUUGGCUCAUGACAUAGAAAGUAUGCUGAGCUUGUCUAUAAGAGAGGUGUCCUUGGCUCUGCGGGAAGGUAGGAUCUCCCCCACGGAACUGUGUCGAAAAUGCCUGGACCGCAUCAAGAAAACUCACUAUCUCAAUGCUUACAUCACUGUGACAGAGGAGCUUGCAUUGAAACAGGCACAGGAGGCUGAGAGUAGGCUCCUCAAAGGUGCACCCAAAGGUCCACUGGAUGGGAUCCCUUUUGCUGUGAAGGACAACUUCUGCACAGAGAACAUCAAGACCACUUGUGCCUCCAAAAUGCUGAAAGACUACAUUCCUCCAUACAGUGCUACAGUGGUUCAGAAGCUCCUUGAUCAGGGUGCUGUUCUCAUGGGGAAAACUAACCUGGAUGAGUUUGCAAUGGGUGCAGGCAGUACUGACAGUGCUUUUGGACCUGUCCGGAACCCCUGGAGCUACUCCGGCCCUUACAGACAGCAGACUGGGGCUGAACCGGACUCUGACUGGGUCAUCACUGGAGGUAGUUCUGGAGGAAGUGCUGCAGCCGUGGCCUCUCUCACCAGCUUCCUCUCUUUAGGAUCGGAUACAGGUGGCUCCACCCGUAACCCAGGGGCAUUGUGUGGUGUUGUGGCCCUGAAGCCCACCUACGGCCUAGUGUCCAGACAUGGCCUCAUCCCCCUGGUCAACUCCAUGGACGUCCCAGGCAUCAUAACCAGGAGUGUCUAUGACGCAGCUACGGUCCUUGAUAUUCUUCAAGGACAUGAUGUCAAAGACUCUACUACCAUAACCCAUAACCCCUCCACACUGACACACCUAUUUGAUGACUUUGAUGUCAGGAACAUCUGUGUUGGCAUUCCCAAAGAGUACCACGCCCCAGGUCUGUCCCAGGAAACCCUGGCCCAGUGGAACCGUGUGGCGGACAUGUUUGAACGGGCGGGGGCACGGGUGGAGCAGGUGUCCCUCCCCCACACCCAGCACUCCAUCGUCUGCUACCACGUCCUAUGUCACACCGAGGUGGCAUCCAACAUGGCACGCUUUGACGGCCUGGAAUAUGGCCACCGUAGUGGGAUCGACAGUUCAACAGAGGCAAUGUAUAGCACCACUCGCCACGAGGGAUUCAAUGAUGUUGUACGAGGAAGAAUCCUCUCCGGGAACUACUUCCUGCUCAGACAGAACUACGAGCACUACUUUGUGAAGGCCCAGCAGGUGCGGCGGCUAAUAGCGGAGGACUUCAAGCGAGUGUUCAGCUCUGGUGUUGAUGUGCUGCUCACGCCCACCACACUGAGUGAUGCCAUGCGAUACACGGACUUCAUGCAGGAAGACAACCGCACACGCAGUGCCCAGGAGGACAUUUUUACACAGCCUGUCAAUAUGGCAGGGCUCCCUGCUGUUUCCGUGCCAACAGCAUUAUCAAACAGAGGCCUUCCCAUUGGCCUGCAGCUGAUAGGCCCUGCCCUCCAGGACAGGAAGCUGCUGACAGUAGCCCAGUGGAUAGAGCAGAAGGUGGGCUUUCCCCCCAUCCGUUACCAUGGAGAGGGGGAGAUGGGUGAGGAGGUCCAUGAGAGAGAGCAGACCUCUGUUGUAUGAGGGGAAACAUGGACACUAAACUAAUGAUACAGAGCUACUCAGAUGUAUGAUGGUCAAGGAAAGGACAUACACAGAAAAAGGCCUUUUCUGGUUACUUUUCCAGGGUACUACCACCGAAUGAACCCACUUAAAGUGAUGCUCCAGAACUUUUGUAUAAUUUCAGACAGUAGUUUUUCAAAAGCGCUUACGAGCCUGAAGGAAAAUCUAUCCAUUGCAUCACGUACAGUACAGUUCAAUUUGUAAUCUUGGUAAAGGAACACCUUGAAAUGUUGCUCCCUUGUGUUUGAAGAUAAACUGUUUCAGUAGUAUUUGAUUUGUACAGAGAACCCUUUCACAUGUUUCAUUAGGAGCAUGUUUACACGUCUGUCUGAUCAUAAUGGCCAUUAUAAAUGAGACUUUAUCUUGUGAAAUGUGUACUUAAAAGCAACUUCUGUGUGUCUGCAGAGUU